AUGCAUCCACAUGUGACUCAGCUUGUCUCAAGCGGCACGGAGUAUACCGACACUCACGUCAAAUCCUGGGCUCAGGAUAUCCUGAAUAAGGCAUCGCAAGAUACUCGCCAACAGCCGUGGAAGCGUGCUUUUGCCGCAAAAGAAGUCAAUGUUUUGUCCCCGCAGGUGGCCGAUAUCAUUAAAUUUGACCACAGGAGCGCCUGUGCUAAUGCUGAGGCUGGAAACUGA